AUGAAAGUUAUCCACCGCUCCAGCACAGGAUAUCUAGCAGCGGUGCUGACUCUGAUGGCGAUUUCUAUCGGUUGGUUUCUGUCAAAACCAAAUACUCCUUGGGUCCUGGGAGUUACAAAACGAAGCUCUUCGCCAGAUGUUCCUGCUGAGCUCAGAGCACCAGAGAUUCUUUCCAAGCCGAUGGAAUACCUCAGCGAUUCUGUCAGAGCAGAAAUUUAUAAACAGAGAACGGAUAGAGUGAGAGAAUACUGCAAAUACAUGCCAAAUGAUACGAUUAUUGCGGAUAUGAAGAUGCAAGAACCGGAUGAAGUCAAUGAAGCGGAUUUUCCGAUGGUGGUGGAUCCGAUUCAUAAGAUUCUUUAUUGUGAGCUGCCGAAAGUGGGAAGCUCCAACUGGAAACGAGUCCUCAUCAAGCUAACUGACCCACGAUUCUCCGACAUUCGAAAUGUCUUGGCAAUCAGAAAGCCUAGAAAAUACGAUCAUUACAAUUUGAAGAAAAUCAACGCCUAUCCUUAUGAAGAGCGCGUGGAAAUGCUCAGAACGUAUUACAAAUUCACAGUUGUCCGAGAUCCAAUCGAGCGGAUUCUUUCAGCUUACAAAGACAAGGCUCACGAAGAAUUCCGAGGCAAAGCUGGAGCAAAGGUCCAAGAAUUGCUCAAGAAUCAAAAUCGAACCAAAGAUUUUGAAGAAUACGACAUUGAAAGCUUCCAUGCUUUCGUUCAGUAUCUAAUUGCCAGGGGACCUGAAGCCGCUGCAGGAGGACACUAUGGUGUCCGAGUCCGACAUUGGACUCGAUUCUAUGACAUUUGCCACUUCUGCGCCAUCGACUGGGACUUCAUCGGAAAAGUCGAGAGCAUUUACGAGGACGCCACGUGGUUAUUGAACGAAGCUGGAGUUGGAAAUCUGGUCAGCUAUCCUUACUUCAAAAAAGCAACAGCAACGGACACGAUCAAAAAGUACUAUCAAGGACUAUCAAGGGAAACCUUGUUACGGCUUUCAAAUCAAACAAAUAAAUUUGAAUGA